CGUCUGUUGUAUCGCUUUCUCUCUCAUGGCGGAGUUCGGUCAAAAAAGCGGCCGACGAGCUGAUGAGCACGACGGGACAAACAGCAGCGAUAUCCCCGAGCCAGCGUGCGGUACCGGGGAGCCAGCAGUGAAAGUCCCUCGGGGGCUUGGGUCUUUAAAUAACGACCAGAGGAGAAAGUUAGUCCUUCAUAUCGACCUCAACAACACCAUACUUGUGUCGGACGCUGUGACGGGUCAGGGGACCGUAGCUGCCCUGGACUAUUUCCUCACUACUGUUACCUGGGGGAAGAUGAGUCAACAAGGAAAGUGGGAAUGGCUGAGUGACUCUCCCUCCCUGCUCCCACCAUGUGAAGGCGCUGUUAGUUACUACUCACAGUUUGGACGGAUACCUGGCUUCACCUCUGCUGCUGGCCGGCGUUUCCGCGGGGUCCUGGACGAACAUCUGGAUCUGCUGCGCUGGCCUGAGGACGUCAAGGCAAACACAGAGCUGUCGGUAAAGGGUGAAGACGGUCGACUGUACCACUGGAUCCUCCCCUCCUUCUUCCAGCUGCUCAAAGACCUGGCGCAGGAAGAGAGGGAGUUCGCCAUCUUGUUCCGUACGUUUGGAAGUGACCUACCUCGCGUGCUGAAGGCUGUAUCUAGAGCGCUGAACAAAGGGGCCCAUCCACUGUUCCCUGAUCUGCCUGAUCUGAAGUUAAAUGUGAAUUUGACUCCGGGCAAGAUCCGCUGCGACAAGAGAGCGAUCGUCCUGAGCCGAGCAGAGGACCGCGUGUCCACCCGCGACGGAGAAAGAGGCCUGUAUGAGUAUUUGAGCUCGGUGCAGGGACUGGGGGGCUUCCAGGACCACUUUGACUGGUGGGCGAGUAACACCUUCUCCAUCCGUGGGGGGAAGCCGCUGUGGGUGGACCCCUUCGACCAGCACAUUCAACACAUCUUCAUAGAUGACAACAUACGGCAGAAUGACGAGGAUACGAUAGUUCAACCCAAGGUUUUCAUGGACCCAGGUGGCGCUAACACUCGUACAGCCUGCACCUCCGAACUCUACGACAUCACCUUGGUCCAGAACGACCUCCUCCGAGCCAUUUCUGACCCAAACUACUUCACUCAGCGCAUCCGCAUCUGCCAGGAAAACUAUGAGAGGAAUCUCCAGCAGGGGGCAGGCUAACCCACCGUUCAACCCCCACACCUUCCUGUACGUCGGUUUGUCUCUCUGACAAACUCUACUCGGGGUACCAAUAACCCAAAACACUGCAAUCCUAAUGCAGACAGACAAUGUAGAAACAGAACAGUAGAGGGUAGGUAGAAUAAUUUAACACACAGGGUGAAGUCCUGGGUGAAGGCUACAUAUGGAGGAAGGUUACUUGAAUAAGAAGGCAGGUGUAGCAGAAUCAGUUAUUAUCUAAAGAUGAAAUAUUCUAGACAAUUUCCAAAGCAAAUAUAAUAUACUUUAGAGGCAGCUAGAUAAAUAGGAUUUAAAUUCAUCUCAAAUGGUUAAAUACCACACGUUGUAAUUAUCUACUCUGGGACAGCAAUGAUCAAUUCAAAGUGUUCUUCAGAAUUAGAUUAUAGUCUUCUGUCCUUAGGUGCACCGCCACAAAAAGACAAAAAUCGUCUUUGAUUUAAUUAAGCACCAAAGUGGGCAGGCCAGACUCUGUGAUUGCUGCAAAGUCUCUGUGACUAAUCACAAGAUAAUUACCCUAAUUCUCUGAAAUUUACGUGGGGCAGCAUAAUUGGUGUCAGAUACGGUAAAAAAAACCCUUGAAGGGAAGGGUUGUAUUUUGUAUCUAGUGAGUAGAAUCCACUGGGUUUCAGCUCCUCGUUAGUCAUCCUCGCACUUGGGAAGAACAUUUCUUCUUAUCUCGGUUGUUGGCUCCACUGUUUACUUGCACUCACAACCGAAAGGUAAUACUUGAAUAUUUCCAGAUGACCGAAACAGCAUCUGGAUUUCUGAGUACGACUGUGUAACUUCCGUGGAAAGCGCUCUGUAAACACAUUAUGGAGGCAUUCCAGUCAGAAGGUGGCAGGGUAAUGGCUCAACCUUUGAGCUUUAAACACCGUCUAACACCGCCAGUAAUGUCAAAUGACACCACAUUACAUUUAUGACCAUACAUAUCAUUUCCUGUGACCAGGUGAGAGUGAUAUCCAUAUCCAUGAGGCACUUUACGAUUGCAUUAGUCAGAACAGAUGGGCACUGAGGCGUAUCAUUAGGUUGAACACGGGUUUGGGAAGCGUUCAUACUGAGUUAUUUACUCCAGUUUUUAUGUUUUUGAAAGUACCUUUUGUGUGAAGCAUAAUAACAUUGAAUUUGACGUUAUGAUGAUUUUAGCUUGGGGGUUUCCAGUAUAUAUUAUAUUAUAUAUAUAUAUAUUUAUUAUGCUUGCAGGGAGAUUUUUAUUGCUAUGUUUUCCUCAGGUCAAUUGUAGCGAGACCAGUUGAAUGCAAAUAAAUGUCAUUAAUCUAAAGGAAAGAAAUACUCAGAGGUAAUCUUCUUUUGUUAUUGUGUAUGAAGCUCAGGCUCCAUGGAAGAAGAUAAAAUGCAAGUGCUGCUUUGAAAAAAAAUGCAAGGACAAAGCGGGGACGGAUAGCUUUGUUGUCGGCGGGUAAGAUUACAGUCAAUUAUGAUGGCUUUAUCUCCGUUUGCACAGUUUCAAAGUGUAAAAAUCCACACAAAAUGCUGCGGCGCUAAUUCUGACAUGACAAUCUCACACAGAAUAAAAGCUUUUAUACCAAAUAAGGUAAUAUAUCAUACAUAAGAUAUAUCCAAGUACUGUAAAUAUAGUCUAGACUUUACGGUAAAUGCUGCAUUCAUAUAAGGCAAAAUGUUAACUUUUUCA